AAAUGCAUAUAAGGCGCAUGCGCAGGCGUGUGAGAGCGCGCCUCUUUCUCUUCGUCGCCGGCCGGCCGAGGUUCCUGGUGUUACCAUGGGCCGCAGACCAGCUCGCUGUUACCGGUAUUGUAAGAACAAGCCAUAUCCAAAGUCUCGUUUUUGCCGCGGUGUCCCUGAUGCCAAGAUCCGUAUCUUUGAUCUGGGUCGGAAGAAGGCGAAAGUGGACGAGUUCCCACUCUGUGGCCACAUGGUGUCUGAUGAAUACGAGCAGCUCUCCUCUGAAGCCCUGGAGGCCGCUCGAAUCUGUGCCAACAAGUACAUGGUGAAAAGCUGCGGCAAGGAUGGCUUUCACAUUCGAGUGCGGCUUCAUCCCUUCCAUGUCAUCCGCAUCAACAAGAUGCUGUCCUGUGCUGGGGCUGACAGGCUUCAGACGGGUAUGCGCGGUGCCUUUGGAAAGCCCCAGGGCACAGUGGCCAGAGUCCACAUUGGCCAAGUCAUCAUGUCCAUCCGGACCAAGCUUCAGAAUAAGGAACAUGUGAUUGAAGCCUUACGCAGGGCCAAGUUCAAGUUUCCUGGACGCCAGAAGAUCCAUAUCUCCAAGAAGUGGGGCUUUACCAAGUUUAACGCUAAUGAAUUUGAAGACAAAGUGGCUAAGAAGCGCCUCAUCCCUGAUGGCUGUGGAGUCCAAUACGUUCCCAGUCGCGGCCCUCUGGACAAGUGGCGAGCUCUGCACUCCUGAGAUCUUGGACAGCAUUGACUCCUCUGGUCUGAUAUGCUUACCAAUAAAUAUUAUUCACUGACAAAAA